AGCUUCCCAGGACUCGUCUAUAUCCAUUCUCUUGUAAGACAUGAGUAUUGAGUUUGCAGUGCCUUAAUUACUGCAUAUGGUCUUGAACGUGAAAGACAGCUCAGGUUUCUGGAAGGUACAGAACUACAGAGUGUUAGAGAUCCCAUAAUGUCAUCACUCAGUAUCCUUGCCUCAUUGCCAGAGGAUCAUUUCCAGUGUUCGAUCUGUCUGAAUGUCUUCAGCGACCCAGUCACCACACCAUGUGGUCACAACUUCUGUAAAACCUGCCUUAGCAAGCACUGGGACAACAGUGAGUUAUGCCACUGCCCAAGUUGUAAUAAACGAUUCUACAGCAGGCCUGAGAUCUCCACAAAUACGGUCAUCGAGGAGAUUUCGGUCCAAAUAAAGAGGAGAAAAGUGGAGACACCUGAAAUCAUUGAUGGACCCUGGCAAGUGAAGUGUGACGUGUGCACAGAAGGAAAAUUCAAGGCCCAGAAGUCAUGCCUGGUGUGUCUGACGUCGUACUGCGCAGCCCACCUGGAGCCUCACCAAAGAGUUCCCUCCCUGAUGAGACACAAGCUGAGACCGGUGGAGAACCUGGAGGAGAGGAUAUGUGAUAAGCAUGAAAGGAUCCUCGAGCUUUUCUGUCGGGAUGAGCAGGUGUGCAUCUGUCUGCUGUGCAGUGAGACAGACCACAAAGACCAUGAGACAGUGCCUGUGGAAGAAGAAGGGCUCAGCAGAAGGUAA